GGAACAUGACAAAGAUCCUGAAACCUUCUUUAAAGUCCUGCAGCUGAAAGAGGAAAAUCUGCCUUUUCACGUGUCUGUCCUUGGAGAGGCUUUCACUGAAAUCCCAGGUAUAUUUUCAGAGGCCAAAAAAGCGUUGGGAUCUUCCGUCUUGCACUGGGGCUACCUACCCAGCAAAGAUGACUAUUUCCAGGCUCUGUGCAUGGCCGAUGUUGUCAUCUCAACAGCUAAACACGAGUUCUUUGGCGUGGCAAUGGUGGAAGCUGUGUAUUGCGGCUGUUACCCGCUGUGUCCCAAUGCCUUGGUGUACCCAGAGAUAUUUCCAGCUGAAUAUCUGUAUUCUACACCUGAACAGCUUUUUAAAAGGCUUCAGAAUUUCUGCAAGAGACCAGAUAUUGUAAGGAAACAUCUCUAUAAGGGCGAGACGGCUGGGUUUUCUUGGGCAGCGCUCGGCGGUAAAUUCAGGUCUUUGCUCGCAGCAGAACCCAGGGAAGAUUUGUGACAGAUGGGGCUAAGUCACAAACUUGCAGCCUCAGGCAGAAUUGUGGAAGUUUCCAGAGUGUGCCCAUAUUUACCUGAUCAGAGAGAAAAGAAAAUCUGCAGAGGAAGCCGAGCCUGGCUGCUUGUCAUAGCUGACACAGAGCCAUCUGCCACAAACCUGUGGCGGCUUCAGAUCUCCAAUCCCUGCCACCACCCCAGCUCAAAUUAAAUACAGAUUCUUAGAGACGUUAUGAUGGUUACACAUGUCCUCGGCAUCACAUGCAGGAAACCGUAAAAAAAAAAAAAAAAAAAAAGAAAAAAAAUAUGUGGCCUGUUGUAUAACCGCACUCAUGUAUCCCAUAUGUGGUGCCACAUUGAAUUUCCGGUUGAAUCUGUUUUUAUCCUUUGUACUGGAUGACAUGGUGCCUGAAUUCUUUCUUUUUCGCCGACACGAUGGCAGCCAAGCUGCAGCUUCAAACGCUCACACUUGGCUGAGUUUCUACCUAGGUUGCCAGGUUAUCAUUGGAGCCUUAUUGUGUCCUCAAAGGGCCACAGGGCCUGAAAGGAGGAUCCGAACGCGGCCGGGCUAAUUGGGCAGCCAUCGCUGCGUUGUUUGGAGGCAAAGGGGCUGCUUUAACACUUUUUUUUUUUUUUUUUUUUUUUUUGCAAAUUAAUGACUCUCUGGCACAGGGGUUUUUUAAGUGAAGGUAUUAAUAAGGGGUCUGGCAGGUAAUCCCAUGAUUCGCGGAGUUACAUUUGCAUUUAAUUAAUCUUAAAGAAAGCUGAAAGAUAAACAGCUGUAAUUCAAAACUAGCAUGGGAAAUAUGCUACGUGGUGCCAUCUAUCCGAUAAAAUGAAAGCCGAGACACUUGUUUUAUUUCUCUCAAGGAUGGAGAACAAACAGAUAACAGUCAAAACGCUUCCAAUAAAAACCAGUAGUUUAAAUGUAACGGCAGUUCAUCAAGAAUCUGCAUCCAGUUACAAAUACAGCCUUUUAAAGAUAAAUCACUUAUGAUUCCAGCAGUCAAGCUGCUGUAUUUGUUGAUGUAAAAUGUUUUGAAGAUGUAGAUUGUACAAUAAAUUUUUAAUAAAGUGCCCACUGCAAUUUUUAA